GCCUCGAGAUCGCUGGGACUGUUCCGUUAACACCGACAGGAUGGUGGGACUUCUAAUGAUUGGAAAAGAUGGGUAUAAAUUAGAGACCAGCCUCAGCAAGAAAAUAGCCUCUUUUAACACAACACAAUCACAAUCAACACGAUCUACUCAAGCUUAUAUUCGCUCAAAGUUCUCCCAGUAUACAUCCUUCUUACAGCCAUGUCGGCCUCCAACUCUGCGGUCUGGCUUUUGGAAGCGGGCGGACAGUUCGUGGUCAAAGAAGCUCCAUUGCCUACCCCCGGCCCUGAUGAAGUUCUAAUCAAGAACAAAGCUGUCGCGGUCAAUCCCAUGGACUGGAAGAUCCAAGUCUAUGGACCGCACUUACCUUUUCCCAAAAAGUAUCCCUUUAUCCUCGGUGCCGACAUCGCUGGAGAAAUCUACGAAGUGGGCCAAGAUGUAACCACCUUCAAAAAGGGAGACCGAGUAAUGGGGGGAGCCAACUGGUUCCUUACCAACGAAAUCAGAGACUCCGGGUUUCAAAACUACACGAUCUGUAAAGCUACCCUCGCCGCCCCCCUUCCGGACACCAUGUCCUUCGAAAGCGGGUGUGUCCUCCCCCUAGCCCUAUCAACGGCGGCAAUGGGCCUCUAUCCAGCUGGCCGGCUUGAGCUCCCCUUACCCCAAAUCCCCACACUAAAACCCAUCAACAAAAUUAUCCUCGUUUGGGGCGGCUCAUCGAGCACCGGCAGCGCAACGAUUCAGCUGGCAGUAGCAUCGGGGGCAACUGUUAUCGCCACCGCGUCUGCAAAGAACCAUUCUUUCGUGCAGAGUCUCGGUGUCGCCAAGGUGCUGGAUUACCACGAGGAUAGUAUCAUCCAGGACCUGGUUAGGGCUAUCCGGGAUACCCCCGGGGAAUUCGUGGGUGCCCUGGAUGCGAUUGGCGAGGAGGAGACGAUAAGGAGAUGUGCGGACGUGGUCAAGGGACUUGGUGGUGGACGUGUGGUUACGAACUUGCCUAUGCCGAUUAAGGAUAUUCCUGAUGAAGUGGAGCUUGUUGGUGUCGUUGAUGUUGCGAAUAUCUCUGAUAAUAAGGAGAUCUCAGAGGGUAUUUGGGGCAAGUUUAUCCCUGAGGCGUUGAAGGAUGGGACGUUGAAGCCAGUCCCUGAGCCCUUGGUGGUUGGGGAGGGCUUGGAGAAGAUCCCUGAGGGUGUUUCUUUGUCUCAGCAGGGCAUCUCGGCAAGGAAGGUCGUUGUGAUCUUGUAA